UCACAAUUUUCCUACCCUAAUUUCUCUACCUUCCAGCAGCCCAGUCUUCCUCCAUUCACAGACUUCUAGUUCGCGGCUUCAAGUUCAAGCUCCCGCCACAGUUCGUGGCUUCAAGUCCGCUCCGUCGCAGCACUUCGGUGGCUCGGUCCUUCGAAGCCACGGGUUAUGGGAUCAUCAAAUAUCAGAGAUUUGUUGACAUCAUUUAGUCCUUCUUUAGAUUUCUUUGCCAUAAGCUCUGGAGAUGGUCGAAUUAAGAUUUGGGAAACUUUGAAGGGCCAGAUACAGACUGAAUUCUCAGACAUCACCUCAACUGAUGAGAUAAAUAUAUUAACCAGACAUGAAAGAGGGCACCUAUCAGUUGAUUAUACAUGCAUGAAGUGGUUAUCGUUGGACAGAAGGAGAAAAAGGAAGCUUGGUUACUCAUUGUUAGUCUUAGGAACAGGUAGUGGUGAUAUUUUAGCACUGGAUGUCUCUGCUGGUCAAUUGAAAUGGAGAAUUAAUGACUGCCACCCUGGGGGUGUUAAUUCCAUUUCAUCUCCUACGAAUGGUUCCUGUAUUUAUACUGCAGGUGCUGAUGGCAUGUUAUGUGAAAUUGAUUCUCUAUCGGGAAACCUGUUGCAGAAGUUCAGAGCUUCUACAAAGGCAAUUUCCCGUAUAUCUGUUUCAUCAGAUGGGAAGAUAUUAGCAACUGCAUCUGCACAGUUGAAGAUUUUCAAUAGUUCUGAUCACAAAAAGAUGCAGAAGUUUUCCGGGCAUCCUGGAGCUGUUCGCUGUAUGAUUUUUUCUGAAGAUGGGAAGUACAUCCUCUCCUCUGCUGUUGGUGAAAGAUAUAUAGCAGUAUGGAGGAUUAGUGGCGGCAAAAAGCAGUCAGCAAGCUGUGUUCUUGCAAUGGAGCACCCUGCUGUAGUACUUGACAGCAGGUGCAUUGAUAAUGGGGAAGCCAGUGAUGCAGGUCUAUAUGUUUUGGCUAUUUCAGAAGUUGGGGUUUGUUAUCUUUGGUUCGGUCAGAACAUUGAGGAGCUACGCAAUAAUAAGCCCACAAAAGUCUCAUUAUCUUUUGAGGACAUUGCAUCUAUAAAUCAUAAGGGUGCAUUACCUACAAUAUUUGCUGCAAAAUUACAAGCCAUUACCAAACCUACAUCUGGGCAGGUCUUUGUUGCUUAUGGGUUGCCAGUAAAGCCAUCCUUUCAGAAGAUUUUAGUGCAUUCUGGCUCAGAUAUAAGUUUGAAUAUCUCCAAUGAUGGGGUUCUUCUACCAAUUAGUCAAUCUCGCAUCAAAUCUAAGAAAGGAUUGGAUUUUCAAAAUGGAGUUACUGCAUUAGACCGUGCAAAUGCGGAGGAUGCCUUACUUCCUAUUCCGAAGAUUUAUUCUCAUGAAAAAAAGAAAACAUAUACAAAUAUGAUUGUUGAGCCUGAUGAGGCAAUGGCUCAUUCGAGUGGCAGUAACAGUCGAGCCAAGCUUGUAGAGAGGGAAGAUGACAUGGAUGAAGUAGAAGUGGACACUGAAGCAUUUUGCAUGGAGGACAAGCUGAGAUCAUUAGGGAUACUUAGUAAUGGAGAUGACCUAACAUUAGACUGUACAGUUGAUUUUGCAACAUUCAAGGGUGUUAAUCUUGAAGCUGAAAUGCCACCAAAGAAGAUAAGGGCAUCUGUUCUAUCUAUGGACCCUAGUGAUGCAUACAAGUUACUGCGAGUGUUGGUGGCCAAGUGGCAAUCCAGGACAUGGAGUGGAAAGUAUGCCCUUCCAUGGAUAUAUCAUAUACUUUUGAAUCACAGUCAUCAUGUUAUGUCUCAGGAACUGACAAGCCAGAUGCUCGACUCCUUAUACAAGAUUACUAAACCCAGAGGUGCUGCCAUUCAACCUUUAUUACAAUUAUCGGGUCGUUUGCAACUUGUGAUGGCACAGAUUGACAGGGCUUCACAGAACAAAACUCUGAGUUCGGCAUAUGACAGCCAAAUAAAUGAAAGUGAAGAUGAGGAUGAAGAAGUUGAUGAAAUUCUUUAUGAAGAAGAAGAUGAUGAAUCUGAAUUAAGCAGUGAUGACAAUAGCUAGGUGCAUUGUACCAUAUGAGGCUGCUGAAAUCUAUGGAUGAGACAGCAAGGGUGUCCUUUCUACCAGUUUCAUGUUGAUCAAGACAGAGAGGCUUAACACAUGGUGCAGGAUGUACAUCAAUUUAUUGAUGUACCAGGUUGUUUACCGAUGGUGCCAAAUUAACCGACUUCAAACCCUUCUGUGGUCAGGCUGUUUCUCGUCCUGUCUUAUUGACUACAGCUUUGUUUCCUUCUAGUUUUACUCCUUGCUCAUGGGGAGGGAAUUCGGGUUAUGUCCAGACUUGUCCAUCAAGUGUUCUUUUUUCUUUUUUAAUUUUUGCCUGUAAUGUUCAAUGAGGCACAGUUUUGUAAUUGUUUUCAUUUAUAAAAGGCCAAGCAAUUUUGCAAGAAA